UAAUCAUAUAUCUGUGGUCUCACGUCUUACUGCUCAGCUACUGGCGCUUUUAAUGUGGGGUUACACGUGCCGUCUCCAAAGGCGUCUGAAUAAACUGACUUCUGUUAUUUUAUCCUCUUACGAAGAAAAGGCGUAACUGUGUUCGUCUCUACGCAAAUUAGCUCCCGAGUUCUAUGUUGAGAGCGACUAUUGCGAAAUGACGAAAAAAGUAUUUUAAGAGGAUAGUGGACAGUCAUUUCUUCUUACAAAUAUGUGCCGUUUUUUCUUUUCGCUCUGAAUAAUGUCAUUAUGAAAAACAUUUUUAUACCAUUUCAUGAAAUUCACCGCACCUUUGCCCUUUGUUUAGUUUUUAUAUUUUCGAUAUUAUUAAUUCUAUAUUUUCAGACUAAUUAUUACUCAUUUAUUAAGAUUCAUUUUUUUAUGGGUACAUUAUAUUGAAAUUUCACUAAACAUAUUUACUUUAGAAACUUUUAAGUCAUUAAUAGUUUUUCUUAAAUGUACCUAUAAAGUAUUUUUCAACUUUAGUUUCAUGUACAGGGAGAACCAGGGUAUCGACGUCGGUGGACGGAGGUUAAUAAAUAUCCUUUUCGCCGACGACAUACUUAGUUUUGUUUUUGUUUUCAACUACGGAGGUCCGUGUCAUACUACCUACAAGACCUAAGUAGGGCAAGCAUUGAUGUAGGAUUAACGAAUUGAUGAAUAUGUCAAAGACCAAGCUUAUGACUCCGAAAAAGUAAGUGGUAGUGGAUACAGCUGAAAUGUCAUAUGUCCAAGAAAUACCCGGGUCAAAUCUUUCCAGGCACGACAGGACGAGGAGGUCACAAGACGAACCUGAAAGAGCUAUUGGUCUAUGAAGGAGCAAAUGAAGGCAGAUUUCUUACUGAAGACGACCGACGAGACGACUUUGACGACCGGUCCGGACCGGACCGGACCGAAUAAUAUUGUUAAGUACUUACAACACAAGCCUUAUUUAGCUUACUGUAGGACUUGGUAAAUUUGUGUACUUAUGUCCUGUACUAUUUAUUUAUAUAUUCUUACGGAGCAAAAACUUGGUUCUUGACAAAAGUUCAGAAAUCCACCCUUAAGGUUUGUCAGCGGGCCAUGGAGCGUAGUAUUCUCGGCGUAAAGUUGGCCGAUCGUAUCAAAAGCACUGUACCACGCUCCAAAACUAAAAGAACUGACGUGGCUGAAACAGCCGCUAAGCUGAACUGGGACUGGGCGGGACACGUUUGCCGUAUGCCGGAUGACUUGUGAUCUAAAAUAAGAAUCAAUUGGCGUUGGCGAGAUGGCUUUGACGCCUUUGAUAGGAAUGAUGGUAACUGGGGGAAGACGGGUCAAGACCGGGAUACGUGGAAAGGGAGGAGGGAGGCCUUUGCCCAGAAGUGGGACACUUUAGGCUCAUAUAAAUAAAUAAAAUAGUUUAAUGUGUGGAAUAAAACUAAGUACCGGCUUACAUUAAUGCCUCAAGACAUUCUCUACCGGACAAUACUGCAGAAAUUCUCCAAUUAAGACGUCAACUUGAGACUCACCGCAAAUCAAUUACUAAAAAGGAAACAAAAGGGCAAAGUUCUAUCAACGUAUUUUACUGUUAGGCUUAUCAGAGACGAAAUUCGGGACUUUCAAACGCUAUUUUGGGAUGUUUACAUAGGGAGCUAAAAUAAAAAUAGUCCUCUACCUUUCCUCAACUUUUUAUUUCUGCCUUUGACGGCAAAUAAAUAUGAGCUUUUAAUGUUGUUAAAAAACUCUUAGGUUUCUAUUAUAAUGAACAUAAAUAACUAAGUAGAAAAAAUCCAAUACAACUAUCUGGCCAAUUCAAACGUAUACUGACAUCAGAAUGAUAUCUAAAUGAUGUCAUUUAGUUAUCGUGCAUUUUGCUCCUACUUGUGCGUACAUGUCUUGGCGUGAUUGAGACGCACGAUAGCUAAAUGACAUGAUUUAGAUAUCAGUUUGAUGUCAGUGUACGUUCGAGUUAGUCUGUGUGAACUAUUAUGCUUCAGCCGUAGUUGUAGUGGUUUGAUGAUUAAGAUGGAACAACGUCUUUAAAUUGAGUUCGGGCUCGUUCGAAUUGUUGGAUUACGCGGCUUGCAUGGAAUGUUAAGUCUAUCACGGAGAGAAUCAAAGCAAUUAUAAUAUUGUGGUGCUGUAUUAUAUAGUCACGAUGAGUUUCUUGAUGACAAAAACUGAAAGCCAAAAGCGUGCACAUAAACUUAUGAAGGCUUAACUAUGAGGUAAGUGUCGGUAUGUGACGAUUACAAUUUGGUAAAAUUCAUGUCAGAAUCAUUCUUAAACUGUGUGACUACGGUCAGAGAUAAGAUGUAGUGACUUUCAAAGCCUCCUUUACGAGUAAAUAUGGAAUAGCUUUAAAUCCUAAGUGAGGAGCACCGAUAACAAAAGGCUAUCAGAGUAUGGGCGGGAACAGCCGCCCGCAGCCAGUCCGCGACUGUCCGCCGCGCUAGCACCUCGCGUGCCUCGCCGUCGGUUGGAGGGAAAAGUUUCGACACACAUCGACUACGAGUAUGUCUUCGAAUUCGAAAUGGAACUGUGCAGUGACGGACUGAUGGAUUUUGAUAGAAUGUCGUAAAUUGUGAGAGAUCGUGUUGCGCAAGGAUGAAAGGAUUCGCAAUUCCAUGGAUUCUGGUGACUCUGGCAUCGGCUCAAGCGACGAGCGACAAGCGUCCACAUUUCGUGGUCGAACCGCCGUCGCGCAUUUUAUGGCCGGCCACUCGCGGCGCACACGCCGCUUGUCGCGCCACCGGACAUCCCACGCCGGACGUUCACUGGGUCACCGCUGAGGGCCAACUAUUGACCACAUUGCCGGGAUUAAGACACGUGCUGAGCGACGGUCGGUUGGUGCUCGGCGCGCGCCGGUCCCUUGACGCCGGGAGCGGCGGCGCUAGCGCCAUGCUGCGAUGCCGCGCUGCCAACCGCGUCGGCGCAACGCUGUCCCGUCCCGUGCUGCUGCAACCAGUGGAAGACAACGUGCUGGCUCACACCGCUCGUCAGCUGACUCCAGCAAAGGUGGGCGGCUCGGUGGUGCUCCGCUGCGAAGUGUCUCCUCAGCUUGGCCUCGUCGAGAUCUCCUGGCUCCAGGAUGGCUUGCCUCUGACCCCUGGGUACCUUGGGCCUGACUCCCGUUGGAUAUCCGGGGCUGGGAUUCUACUUGGUCUCGAUUUAACACAAGCAGAUUUACAAGCUGAAUAUGCUUGCGUCGCCCUGGACACUGCGAGCCCUUCGCUCAAAUUGACCACGGAUGAUAGCAGUUGGCUGGAGCACAUCGAACUGAACUCUAUAGAGACACGAGCCGGCGAGACCGCGAUCUUGCCUUGCAUUAUAAGGCACAUGAGUGGACACACUAUUAGUUGGCAGCGGCAGGACGCGGCGGGCUCGUGGUCGGCGGUGGCAGGGGAGGGGAUGGUGCGGGGCGGCUCGCUGGUUCUACCGAACGCGCGCGCGCAUCACGCCUCGCGGUACGCCUGCUUCCCUGGGACGGAUUCAGCUCCUAGGAUUCUGAUUCGGCUUGUCGUUUAUGACCCUCUGACUGUUACUGUAUCUCCUAACCCUUUGAUGUUAGGAACAGGUGGUAGCGGACACUUGAACUGUUCUGUAACUGGUGGACGGGGAGGUGGAGUAACUCUAAGUUGGCAACACGAAGCGAGACCUCUCCAUGCCCCUCAAUCUCGACUAGCCCUUGGUCCAGUUCACUCUCAUCACGCAGGAUUGUACCAAUGUACUGCUCACGAUCAUUCCGAUUCUGCAGUUGCAGGAGCUGAACUAAUCAUUGCUGAUAGACCACCAAGGUUGGUGUCUACGUUCAGCGAAGCGGUUACUAGAAUUGGUCAAAGCGUAGCAUUAAGAUGCGCGGCUACUGGUAUUCCUCCACCUCGAAUACUUUGGACAUUAGAUGAUAGACCCCUUCCAUCUUCCCCGGACAAAUAUAGUGUAAAUACAAGAGCCGAAGGUGUAUCUGGCGGUGAAGAAGGCACAAUUGUAUCAACUCUCAGUGUGACCAUACGAACUGCCGAUGAAGGUGGCAGAUAUGGGUGUAACGCAACCAACUCCCGUGGUUCACAAGCUCAUCAUGCAAGACUGAAUGUAUUUGGUCCUCCAAAUAUUAGAUAUUUAUCGUCCAUACAUGUUAAAGCUGAUACGGAUGUGGUUUUACAUUGUCCGUAUUCUGGUUAUCCAAUAAAAGAAGUGGUUUGGCGACGUGAAGAUGGUUCCAUAGUUGAAGUUGCUAUGGAAUCAAACGAUGAGAAAGGAAUGCUAAAACUGUCUGCUGUUCGAAGUAGCACGGCAGGAAGCUACACUUGCGAAGUGCGUGCUGAAAGUGGGGAACUUGCCAGAAGAACUGUAAGGGUUGAGGUUCAUAAACCGCCGAAAAUAGCACCUUUUCUAUUUCCUGAAGAACUUGAAGUAGGAGGCAGUACGCAAGCAACAUGUAGUUUAGUUUCUGGAGACAAACCUAUUCAGUUCACAUGGCACAAGGAUAACUUACCGAUUCAAUCUAUUUUAAAGGUGGAGCAGAAGAAUAUGGAUUUUUUUUCGUUAUUAAUUAUACAGGAACUCACAUCGGCACACAGCGGAGAUUACACGUGUAAAGCUUCUAAUGAGUUUGGUGCUGUUAGCCAUACUGCAUCACUCAAUGUCAAAGAGUCGCCAACGUGGGUGUGGCGAGCUCAGAACACCUCAGUAUCAGCUGGAGCUUCCCUCUUAUUGCCUUGUUCCGCAAAAGGGCAACCGGCUCCCAGGGUCUCAUGGGAAUUCUCUUUGGAUGGUGAAAACUGGCGUCACGUAUUGUUCGGUCAGUCGGAGGCUAACGACGCUGACGGAGGAUCGAUCCUAUCUGACGGGACCGUGUGGCUCAAGGCGGCCGCUCCAGAGCACGAGGGCUGGUACCGUUGCGUGGCGCGCGCACAGCACGCCUCUAUACACCACACUUUCUACUUGGACGUCAGAGAACCGCCAAAACUUAACAGAGGCGGCAGCGGCGGAGAAACUCGAUGGGUAGUCAGAGGUUCAACGGCGAGGCUAAUGUGUGUUGUUAGCGGAGAACCCGAGAUACACGUGCAUUGGACGCAUGACUCCAGGCCAUUGGCUUUACACGGCGCCGGUGGCAUCGAAACCAGAGACACUGGUAAUGGAGGGAAGAUAUCAGAGAUAACAAUAACGCACGCCGGCCCCGAGCAUGCAGGAGAAUAUCGGUGUCUUGCUAGGAACCUUUACGGCAAUGAUGAGUUGGUGUACCGAUUGUAUGUUAAAGAACGUCCGAAUAUACCUGAAGAGGUUCGGAUAUCAGAAGUGUGGUCUCGAAGAGCGCGAGUCACCUGGAGGAUAGCCCGAGGAGCCCUAGUGUCACACUACUCGCUGCAGUACAGGGCGCUAAACCGAGACUUGACUGUGUCAUUGGAUACGCCACUGACCGGGUUACUUGAAAACUGGGACUCGCCCGAAGUACUUAACCUGACUUUGGCAAAUUCAGACUUACUCCACGUCUCGUCGGAAGGGCCGGGGCGUGCCGGCGCGUCCGUGUCGGGGCUCUCGCCGGACACCCGGUACGCGCUGCGACUCGCCGCCUUCAACGACGUUGGCGCGUCCGCCUACACGUCCCCGCUGCACUUCACUACGAGAGAGGAAGCUCCCGGCGGCGCGCCGCGAGAGAUCACCGUGCGGGCACUCCGGGCGAGGGAACUACACAUCACUUGGCAGCCGCCACCUAGAGAAUCAUGGCAUGGCACGCUACUGGGCUACACGAUUCGCUGGUGGGUUUCCGAAGAAGGGAAAGGAACGUUGAAUGACAGCCCGGGAUCCGAAAGCGGCGCGAGCGCAGACGCAACAAGUACGACUCUGCGAGGACUGAAGGCCGCUACUCGUUAUGGAGUCACAGUGAGGGCCUAUAAUGCGGCAGGCACUGGGCCCGUAUCACCGCCGCACUAUCGACAUACGUUAGAAUCGCCUCCGACGGGGGGUCCUGAGGGGCUGAGCUGUAAAUCAAGUGGACCGACAUCGUUACGGGCAGCGUGGCGGCCACCUGCCGUAGAUGCCAGAGGUGGCAUUAUUACCCACUACACACUGCAAUUCACAAGAUAUGAUGCUGACCCUUUGCUUCCGACUCAAGACGCGUAUUUACGAGUUCAGGGUGAAGAAGCUACAAUAUCCCGACUGACACCAUACGCAGAGUACGAGAUAAGGGUGCGUGCACACAACGCGGCGGGCGACGGACCCCUGUCAGCGCCGCAAGUGUGCAGGACAGACGAAGAUGUACCAAGUGCUCCUGGAGGCAUGAAGCUAAUAGCAUUGGCCGAACGGUCACUAAGGGCAUCCUGGCUUCCACCCCCAGAGCCCAACGGAAAACUGACACAGUACAUACUGUACGUGAACGACUUAUCAGGAUCACAAGAUCCAAACACCACGAGAGUGAACGCCUGCACCGAGGGCGAGGGUGUAUAUACAGAAUGUAUGAGAACCCUCCGAGGUCUUCGCGCCGGCCGAACGUAUGAAGCAUGGGUCCGCGCUGCCACCAGUGCAGGCGAGGGACCGCCUUCCACCACCGUCGCUUGUCAGACCAGUGCCUUAGCUCCCGCCCGGAUUUCUUCCUUCGGCGAUGUAGCAGUUGGAGCUGCCGGUGGAUCCUUAUCACUAAAAUGCGUUGUUGGAGGAACUCCACCACCAAUUAAACGAUGGCUAAGAGGCGGCAGUCCUUUGCACCCACGAUCGCCGUUUCAUCUGGAUGGAGAUGCUCUUCUGAUUAGAGGCUUGGAACUAUCUCACGCCGAUAACUACACGUGUGUUGCCGAAAACCCUCACGGUUCUGAUUCAGCUACGUGGAGAGUUGUAGUGCUACGGCCGCCGGCGCCUCCAGCUCUAGCAUUACUUGAAGCUCGUUCGAGGGAAUUAGAGCUUGAUAUGCGACCAGCCCCAAGAGCCCCUGGGCAUGCACUGCCUAAAUCUUAUUCUUUACACUGGCGGCUUGCUGCUCCUGAGGGAGAAUGGAGGAUAUUAGCCGCCAGCCCUGGUCCGAUGACGUUGCCAAACCUUCGCUGUGGCUCAGCUUACAGGGUUUAUGGGUCCGCAGGCGGACCACCCGGUACAGAGAUAGCGGUUCGUACCACCGGAGGGCCACCGGUUGCACCUCCUGACUCGAGGUGGAUUAGAGUAAACUCCACACACGCAAGAUUUGAUACAAGUAGUUGGACGGACGGGGGAUGCGGGCCCGUGGCGUUAAAGUUGGAGUGGGCUGGAUCAGGUGUGGCUGGUGCAAGGGAUGUGCCUGUUGGAGGCGAAGUUAUUCUGGGCGGUUUAACGCCUGGCUCGAGAUACCGCGUGGCAGCUCGCGCGUCAAACGAAGCGGGCUGGACGCGGGAGGUGUACGAGUUCACCACGACUCCGGCCGAGGGUGGCUACGCGGAGGAAGUGGACGCACCGUUCCCGGCCACGGCGGGAGAAUUGGCUUUAUUAUUAGCUCUCUGUGCGGCCCUGUCGCUGGCUGCAUUGACCAUAUUAGCUAUUCUUUUGAGACGGAAAAGAAGUGACGGCGGCGUGCCGCGAGUGACCACGAGCGCCGAAAAGCCCACUUGCGGCACGUACCGAGCGCCCCCGCACCAGACGCCGAAACUACCGCCCGACCCACCAGAUGUGUACGAGAUAAGUCCGUACGCGACGUUCGCGGGCCCCGCUGCGAGUGACUCGCGCGCAUACACGCUGCAGCUGCGCGCGCUGGCCCGCCACGAUGACGACGCCGCGCCGCCCGCGCGCCCGCCGUGCUGCGACGAAGAGACAUGCGUCGACGCGUGCGACGUGCAGCGACGGCGCCGGCGCCGCCGCCAUUACUGCCCCGAUCAUGGUAAUUAUAAUGGUUGUUCACAAGAUUCUGGAAGUUGAGAAACGAAGCCGACAACUGCCAAAAGGUUUAGUUAAAUUAUAUCUAGUCAGUGUAAUUAGUUAAUUUGAUUAACAUAUUGAUAUGUAUACAAAAAUUUAUACAAUAAUAUUGUCUAUUUAUA